GUGUCUGAUACUGCAGUUCACUGAGUGGCCUCUGAUAAAGUCAAAAUGGGGAAGAUCACAUUCUUCGAGGAUAAGAACUUCAAAGGUCGCUCAUAUGAGUGCAGCAAUGACAACACUGAUCUGCACUCCCACUUUACUCGUUGCAACUCCAUCAAAGUUGACAAUGGCUCUUGGAUGAUCUAUGAGCAGGCAAACAACAAAGGCCACCAGUAUUUUCUUAAAAAAGGAGAAUAUCCAGACUACCAACACUGGAACGGGUUCAAUGAUACCAUCAAUUCAUGUCACAUGAUCCCACUGCAUUCUGGCUCUUUCACAAUAAGACUGUAUGAAAAAGAGGACUUCAGAGGUCAGAUGAUGGAAUUCACUGAAGACUGCCCACAUGUCUACAAAGACUUCAAUUACCAUGACAUCCACUCCUGCAACGUGCUUGAAGGUCAUUGGAUUUUCUAUGAAGAGCCCAACUACAAGGGACGCCAAUACUACCUGAGACCCGGUGAAUAUAGGAGAUUCGGUGACUGGGGUGCAUCCAAUGCUAGAGUUGGCUCCAUUAGAAGAGUUCAAGAUUUUUAUUAGAAAUGUAAACAUGUGCACCUCUGUAUUCCUAAGACCUGAUUAAAUACAGCAUUUUCCUUCCCA